UCUCAUGUUUCCCCCUGUAAGUGAUUACAGAUUACACACAGACACAGUGCUUCAAUAUUCCAUUUCCAUGGCGAAAGGUUAGCGAUAGCGAAGCCUUAGCCAGCGUGUUCUCGUACCAUCGAGAAUGCUUCGAAGUCACAUUCACAUUUUCUCUUCCUUCACGACCUCACUCCACUCUAAGCCUCUUCAUUCCUCACAUGUUCCUCUCUUUUGUUCUUCUUCCACUCCUACACGGCGUCGUUUGGUAAGGACCACCACUCCGCGUGAAACCAAUCUCAAGCGCCUCACUUCGCGUAUCGUUCAUCUCACUCGCCGAAAACAGCUUCGCCAGAUUUUGGAUGAGAUUGAGGUUGCGAAGAAGGAUUUGGGGAAGCUGAACACGAUAGUGAUGAACGCGGUGAUGGAGGCUUGUGUUCGUUGCCGUGACAUUGAUUCGGCGCUUAGGAUAUUCGAGGAGAUGAGAAACCCUGAUGGUUGUGGCGUCGAUACUGUCACCUAUGCCACGCUUGUGAAGGGGUUAGGUGAGGCAGGAAGGGUCAAUGAAGCUUUUGAAUUGCUUGAAUCUGUGGAAAAUGGUACUGCAACGGGAAGUCCAAAGUUGUCUGCUCCAUUGAUCUUUGGUCUGCUAAAUGCCUUAAUCGAAGCAGGAAACUUGCGUCGUGCAGCUGGCCUCCUUGCUCGAUAUGGUUUUGUGCUCCGCGAAGGUGGCAAUUUUUCAGUUUCAGUAUACAACAUACUAAUGAAGGGAUACAUAAACUCAGGCUAUCCACUCACUGCAAUAGACAUGCUCAAUGAAAUUUUACGUCAAGGCAUAAUGCCUGACAGGCUCACGUAUAACACACUAAUUUUAGCAUGUGUCCAGAGUGAAAAGUUGGAUACUGCAAUGCAAUUUUUUGAGGAAAUGAAGGACAAAGCACAGAAAUUCAUCUGUGAUGAUCUGUUUCCAGAUAUUGUUACAUAUACGACAAUGCUUAAGGGUUUUGGGCAAGCAAAGGAUCUUGCUUCAGUUCUGAAGAUAGUGCUGGAAAUGAAAUCUUGUCAUGAAUUAUACAUUGAUAGAACUGCUUACACUGCAAUAAUUGACGCUUUACUAAAUUGUGGCUCAGUUAAGGGUGCUCUCUGUAUUUUUGGAGAAAUGCUGAAGCAGGUUGGUCGGAAUCCAGAGUUGAGGCCAAAACCUCACCUCUAUCUUUCCAUGAUGCGUGCAUUUGCUCUGCAAGGAGAUUAUGAUUUAGUUAAAAAUUUGCAUAAACGGAUUUGGCCUGAUUCAGCAGGAACCAUAUUACUAGUUGCCCAAGAAGAAGCUGAUCACCUUCUCAUGGAAGCAGCACUGAAUGCUGGCUGGGUUGAUGUUGCUAUUAAAACUCUUACUGAGAUUGUUUCAAGAUGGAAGGGCAUAUCCUGGACAAGUCGUGGGGGCAUGGUUGCUUAUCGUAUUGAGGCCAUGUUGGGAUUCUCAAAGUCAUUAUUCAGUCCUCACUUACUGCCUCAGGUUUCACCUUCUGAGCCAAUUGAGAAUUAUAUGAUACCAUUUGAAGCAACAAGGCCACUACUAGGUUCAUUAAAGCUGGAAAAAGUGGUUAUGCGUUUCUUUGGUGAAACGGUAGUUCCUAUUGUAGAUGAGUGGGGCAGUUGUACAGGGCUGUUGCACCGUGAAGACUGCAACCAGUUGGAUGCUUCACUUGCAACAAUGAUGAGAAGUCCACCUCCAUGUGUUACGACAUCAACACCUGUUGGUCGUGUAGUUGAUUUAAUUUUAGAGAAGCGAUAUACGAUGGUUAUUAUUGUAAAUUACAGAAACUCAUAUGCUACUACCUUACACAGAUCUAGAGCAGUUGGAGUUUUUACAUCAGAACAACUGAGUAGGCUUAUCACACCUGUAUCUGAAGUAACCGGGGAAGACCUUCCGUUGUCAGGUUGUGUUGAAAUGGAGGUGCAGAAGAACCUAUGA